AUGGCAGAAACCCAAGUUGCUCUUCUUGUGACAAAACUCGGCGAGCCCCUCAGCAAGGUUUCGCGCUCGAUACCUGCACCCAAGGAAGGAGAAGUCCUCGUCAAAGUCACAGUAGCAGGUCUGAACCCGCACGAUGCCAAAUCUCGAGAUCACGGCCUUUUCAUUAAAGAUCAUCUUCCUGCCAUCCUAGGCGCAGAUGUCGUCGGCGUUGUAACCAGCCUAGGUCCUAAUGUCACUCGCUUCAAGGAAGGAGACCAUGUCUUCGGACAAGCUGGAUUGCUAGGACCGAACUUAGGGGGCUACUUCAAUUUCGGAGCGCCAAAUUUUGACACCCAAGGACUCCAAGAAUAUGCAAUUCUAGAUAUCAAAUACUCAGCCAAAGUACCUUCAGGAUUUACCGAUGCUCAAAUGGCGACAGUGCCUACCAAUUGCGUGCCUGCUGCAGUCGCUCUCUUCGACAAAAGUUGCUUUGGUAUCCCUGCACCUUGGGAUCCAGUAGCAGCAGAGUUUGAUUACAAAGGUACAUCGUUACUGAUUCUUGGUGGUGGUUCGAAUACUGGAAAGUUCGGCAUUCAAUUGGCUGCAUUGGUAGGGAUUGGUAAAAUUAUAGUUGUCGCUGGCUUGAAAGGUGCAGCAGAUGCUCAAGCACUGGGAGCAACGCAUGUCAUUGACAGAACUCUGUCAGCUACGGAUAUUGCUGCUGAAGUUCAAGAGAUCGUCGGAGAUAAUUUGAUAUACGCCUUUGACACGAUCAACGAACCGGGGAACCAAUAUGUUGGCGUUGAGGCUUUAUCGAAUACAAAGACUGGCAAGCUUGCUCGUCUGAUACCUUUGGGACCGGUUGAUGUAUCAAAAUUGUCGUCGCAAAAGCCCGCAGGCUUCGAUACUCUAGAUGUACUGGGUGUGUCCACUGGGAGUCCUAUUACUACUAUCCCGCUAUGGGAAAAUAUUGUUGGCUGGAUUGAAGAAGAAAAGCUAAAGCCAACUAGCUUCCAGGUUAUCAAAGGUCUGGAUCUAGAUAUUGUUAACAAGACUUUGGAUGGGUAUUCGAAUGGAACUGUGACUGGUCAGUGGCAAGUUCAUUUUUGA